AGCGAUGGAAACAAAUGCGUUAGUUCACCCAUGGAUAAGGUACGUCUGUGUGUUUCUUCUUAUCUCUGCCGCCCAGGAUUUAGCUUCUGCAGUAACACACUAUUCAAUCCCAGAGGAAAUGGAGGAAGGCUCGGUUGUCGCCAAUUUAGCUGCUGAUCUGGGACUAGACGUGAAGACCCUGAGCAGACGGAAAAUGCGUUUAGAUAUUAUCGGAAAUAAGAAAUACUUGGAUGUUAAUAAAGAAACGGGAGAAUUGUACGUUGUUGAGAAGAUAGAUCGAGAAUUUAUUUGCGCUACCAAAACAGCCACAACUUGUUUCAUGAAAGUAGAUGCUACAAUCGAAAACCCAAUACGAAUGUUUAACAUAGAACUCGAAAUCAUGGAUAUCAAUGACAAUGCGCCAUCUUUCAGAAGGGACACAAUGCACCUUGACAUCUCAGAGUCCAGUCCAGCUGGCGAGAGAUUCUCUUUAAAUAAUGCCAUCGACCCUGACGUUGGUUCGAACUCCGUUAAAACCUACUACCUCAGUGAAAGUGAACAUUUUAAUAUUGAAGUUCAGACUGGUAGGGACGGGUCCAAAUUUGCAGAUUUGAUUCUGAAAAAGGCUUUAGAUCGAGAAGAGAAGGCUGUUCAUAAUCUCAUACUCACCGCUGUAGAUGGUGGAGUCCCCACCCGCUCCGGCACAGCCAGCAUUAUUGUUCGAGUACUCGAUGCCAAUGACAACGCCCCUCAGUUUGACCAAGAUGUGUACAAAAUUAAUUUAAUGGAGAACUCUCCAAUAGGAAGUCUAGUAUUUCAAUUUAACGCAACAGAUCCAGAUGAGGGCACCAACUCGGAAAUAUCUUAUUCUUUUAGUUUGUACACAUCAGAAAAGACGCAAAGCAUUUUCGGUUUGAAUCCUAAAACAGGGGAAAUCAUAGUAAAAGAAAUGAUUAAUUACGAAGAUUUCAGAAUUUAUGACAUGGAAGUGAUUGCAACUGAUCAAGGCAGCAAUCCUUUAUCAGGUCAGUGCAAGCUAAAUAUUAUGGUCACAGAUAUGAAUGAUAAUCAUCCUGAAAUAUCCAUUAAAUCAUUCCAGAGUCCAGUCAAGGAGAAUGUAGCAGUUGAUACUGUGAUAGCUGUAGUUAGUGUCAGUGAUAAAGAUUCUGGUGAAAAUGGAGUAGUUGAUAUACAUAUCUCAAAGGAUUUGCCAUUUGCGUUUAGAGAGUCUUCUGAUAACUAUUAUGAGUUGGUAGUUUCAGAGCCUUUAGACAGAGAGAAAGUGCCAGAAUAUGACAUCACAUUCACUGUUACAGACAGGGGAUCCCCUCCGUUAUCUGAAAAUGAAACUAUGACUUUAGAACUACUAGACGUUAACGAUAACGUUCCACAGUUCCCUCAGUCGUUCUACACUAUACCUGUUACUGAGAAUAACGCACCUGGGGCCUUGUUAAGUUCCCUCACUGCGUUUGAUCCUGACCUCCAUGAAAACCAAUAUCUAGUUUAUUUCAUCAUUGAAAAAGAGAUUGUGAACACCUCUAUGUCCAUGCUGUUCUCCAUCAAUCCAGAGAACGGUAAUCUUUACGCACUAAAGACGUUUGACUAUGAAAUAGAGAAGGAGUUUCUUUUCCACAUUGAGGCCAGAGACUCUGGUGUCCCUCCACUCAGCAGUAACGUGACUGUUCACAUCGUUAUUGUGGAUCAGAAUGACAACACACCAGUCAUCGUCUCUCCAUGGCGCGCACAUGGAUCGAUGGUGGACGAAAAGAUCCCCAGAUCCACCGAUAAAGGAUCCCUUGUUUCCAAGGUGAUAGCUAUAGACACUGACUCGGUACAAAACUCUCGGAUAACAUACCAGUUUCUCCAGGUGACUGAUGCCACCUUAUUCAGUCUGGAUCAAUACAACGGAGAGAUCCGGACUAUGAGAAUGUUCAGUUACAGAGAUCCACGUCACCAACGGCUGGUUGUCAUCGCCAAGGACAACGGGGAACCUGCGCUCUCUGCUACAGUCACCAUCAAGCUCUCCACGGUGGAGACUGCUGUUAAAGCCUACUCUGACAUGACUGAAGUGCCUCUAGAAUAUGACAUCUUCUCAGACCUCAACCUGUACCUGGUGAUCGGACUGGGCUCGGUGUCGUUUCUGUUACUGAUCACCAUAUUGGUCACCUGUGUCCUGAAGUGUCAGAAACCGAAGCCCAGCAAAGCGGCUCCUCCCUGCAGGAACAGCGUGAUCAGCGAGGGGAAUUCCACCAUCGCGGAUUCCACCCUGGUUUCCAAUGAUGCGUACUGGUACAGCAUGUUUCUAGCGGAGACGAGGAAGGGAAAGCUGGUAGUCAGACAGCCUGUGCCAAAGGGCUCCAGAUACAUUGUGUCCAGUAUUCCAAGAAGCACGGGACUGACGGAGACCAGCGACUCAGCCGCUUCUACUCUGCAGGCAUCCACCACUACCAGUAGCAGUUCCUCAUAAGGCCCCCACCCAACUGGUCUAGCUGACUGACCCCAGCAGGAUACCCCCGUGUGAUGAAGAAAGGAGAUCUACUCCCCCCCCCCAUCCCUCACUGGAACAUAUUUUCUGACAGUAUAGUCUUUAUAAGGAUUCAAGUCACCGACCCCCAAAGGACCAAAAAGAAGCUAUGGUGACUCCCUGCCCCUCCUGUACCCCCCCCCUCCCCUCCCCCGAACCAAUCUUGUAUAAGCACACCCGCUAAAGCCAAUCAGCCAGCAUACCACCUUUUUGGUCAUUCAACACGCAUGCAUCUGCAUGGCUCUGGCCCAAUCUCACUGAGCUCUUCAUGGACGGCUUUAAAGGGAAAAGACCAUAGAGACACACUGACUGUUCAGCAAGAGAUGUUCCUUGGACAUUCAAAGAAAGGAGUCCCACCAUGAACUGAAGGAGAUGGACAUUGGAAUGUGGAAAUGCCUUUAAAGACGGAAUCCUUGAUGUUCAUUUUAUAAAAAAUGUUCUGGCCUCUUCAAUGCAUUUGUGUGAAAAUGUAUAGUAAAACAAAAAAGCAUACAACUAAAGUAUGAAAACAACAUCUCGAGUAGAUGGGAAUCAAUGUUGUGUAUGGUAGUAGUCUUUUAGUACGUUUUCAUACGCUGUCCAAAAUAACUUGUACAAUGUGUGAAAUGGAUUGAUUAUAGUAGCUGUCACCAAUCUGUUUACCAGCCAAGUAAGUGUGAGGCCUUCUUCAUCAGUAUAUAUUUGCCAUUUAGUUUAUCUGCAUGAAGAUAAUAAUGUACAAUAAGUGCUGUGUCCGUUUUAGUUGUGAGAUGGUUUGAGUGACCCACAAUAUAUACUCAGCCUCACUCCCCAUCACUGUUUUAUUAUGGACUUUCUACAUAAGGAGCACACUGUGUCGCUCUCACAACGGCUAACUGAGAAGAACCAUAAAGACUAUGGGUCUGGAGGAGGGAUGGACUUCACCAGGAGGAUUUCAAGAAAGAAGUGACAUGUGGCUCUAUUUGAACUCCCAGUGCUGCUGAUUCAAGGGUUAAAGGAUACACCUGUUAAAGGAUGAUAUCUCUCUGACACGUCAUUCACUGUUGCAGGCAGAACUCUUAGAACAUUUGAUUGUUAGUGGGGCCUCAUUUGUAAGUUCCCAACUGUUUGACCCUGGUUCACACUAGGUGGUUUGGAUGAACCUGAGAUAACAUUCUCAAAUCCAGGCUCACAGUGGAUGCAAAUGAAAUGAAUGAAAUAGUUAUUGAAAACCUUUUCUAUUUACUAAAACUAUCAACAAAUAUAAUGUAUUAUUAUUAAUAGCAGUACUCUAAACACAUUGGCACAAGAGAUUAAGAUGAAACGCAUAGUGGGUUAUGGUCUCUCUUAACUGAGUAUGUAUAUAGAAAACUCUGCACCCAUAUCUGAAAGUGAGAUUUGCCAUUCAUGUCAAGAAAAGUCUGCCUCUGGAUAUCAGCUUUUGUAUUCUCUGAAGAUACUUAAUUUAAGUACAAUGUUUCACAGCCUUAAGUUUUCUUUUGUUAUUGAGAGUCAUUGAGGGUGCAUUAUUUCAGUGAUUGACCAAGUGUUCUUUUUUGUAACAGCCAAAAUGUAAAUUAUGCCAAUGCUUUCGUAACCAGUGAACGAGCAAAACUGCUUGAAUUGUGCAAUGAAAUACAACUUGUCCAAGUUGUAUUGCUUUGAUUUAUAUUUACUUUGUGUCUUUUGUACAAUGUACAAUAUCAUGUUCAAUAGCCAAUGCUACAGCUAAAAGAGCAGGAUAAACUUAAUUUCUAAUUCGGCCUACAAUUGCCGCUUUAAUACGUGUUCAAGCCAAGUGAUGUGCUUUGUGUAUGAUAAUCUAUUGAUGGUGCAAGAUAGUCAUAAUUUCUUUGUAUUGUUCCGUAUGCUUCCGUCAUCAUGGUUAUGUGUUCAUACCUACCAUUACAUUUAU